GCCCAGAGUUGUGGUUCCCACGGCCUCUUGGGCAGGAGCCAGUGCUGAGCUCAGAGUUUCCGUGCAGAGCAGCUCGUUCGCACGCCAGAGGCUGAGGGAGCACAGCUCUGGCCCUGAGGGUCCUGCUCCAGGGCAAGGCUGUGGGACCACAGGAGUUCUAGAGAGCCAUCACUGCCUGCCCCACACUGGGACCCACAUCUCCCACCCAGAGGACCUGGCUAUAAGGUGGAAGGGCAGGAGCAGCCCCCUCCCUACAGGGGAAAGGUGACACGUCUCCAUGUCCCUCUGUGAAGGGGUUGUGCCAGUCUGCUGGAAAUCACAGCUCCCUGGGGACUAGCAGGGGUGGAGCACAGCAGGGGGAUGAGGCAGGGUGCAGUUCCCAGCCAGGAUGGGUGGGACCACCGAACCAAAACACAGCUCAGAGCUGGUUGCAGCCCAGCGCUCUGGCACAGAGCAGCCGAGCCCCCGGAGAGCCAGCGGCCACCGCGGGUGUCCUGCCCCUGCCCUGUUGUCACGGGGUGUAAUGUCACCAGGCAGAAGGGAUGCGUGCCGUGGGCGGGGGGCAGCGGGAACAUGUGCCACGGCCCAGGCUGCCCUCUGCAAGGCCACGGCCGGGCACCGGCAGCUGGUGCUACAGCUUGGGGGGAGUGGUGACGGCCCCCGGCUGCGAGAGGAGCGACGCGGGAGGAGUGCAGAGGCCCGUGAGCUCAGCAUGGGGCUGCGGCGGAUGCUGCUGGCGGGGCUGCGGCCGGGCCCGGCCAGCCUUCGGGAGCGGCAGGAGCUGGAGCGGCUCUGGGUGCUCUUCCUCUCCGCCCUGGAGCUCUUCCUGCAGGACCUGUACAGAGCCCAACACCUCUGCCAGCUCUUCUCCGUGCGAGGGGGUGGUGUUGCCCCACUGCGCACUGGGCUGGGGGGCUGGGGGCUGCCCAGCCGGAGAGGAGGGGGUUCCACGCAGCCCCUGACCGCCCAGAGCUUGGAGGAGGAGAUUGAGCAGGUGAGGGCCAUGCUGGCAGAGAUGGAGAGUGGAGCCAACAUUCCCCCAUGGACAGUGGAAGCCACAGAGACCACACAGCCAGCAGAGACAAGCGGCACCGCAGAGAGAGCGGCCUGGGAAGUCACCUUUGCUGGGCACUGCUGUGGGGUGCUGUGAGCUAAGGGAGCAGGAGAUAGCAGCAGAGGUGACACCCCUGCCACAGAGCAGGGGACAGAGGUACCCUUAGAGUCCUCAACCCCUGCCUUUGGUGAUGAUGGGGGCUGCUCCCACUCUGUACAUGGA